AAAUUCAUUACAUUCGCUCGCCAUGGGUUUGAAGAACACAACAAUUUCCGUACUCUUCAUCAUGUUGCACCCCUCAAAUGGUCAGACAAGUUAGCCAUACAGGCUCAAAAACUCGCCUACAAAAUGGCGCUCAAAGGAACCAUUCAGGUCCCGGGUAUUGAUUUGUUUGGCGAGAAUAGAGCCAGGCUUUCCGCGGUUAAUUUCGACUGCGAGACGGCUGGUGAAGAAGCCACCAAGAUUUGGUAUAAUCAAGGUAGUAAUUACAGCUUCGCUGAUCCUAGGCUGAACAGCAAUACUGAUUCAUUCACUCAAGUUAUUUGGAAAGGAACCCGGGAUGUUGGAAUGGGUUGUGCACAGAGGAAAGGAACAUUAAGCAAUGAUAUAUUUGUUGUUGCUUUGUACUACCCUCCUGGAAAUAGUCCGCGCGCUCUUCGGGAAAAUGUGGUCAGUCCUAAUAAAAACGUUAACGAUGCAUAUUCGUCGAUAUUCCGAAGACGAGAUGAGUUAUCUAAAACCAAACGAACACGAAUUUUGACUCGGGGAGAAAGAAAGACAAAAGCGCAAGAGACGAAAACGAGCUUGAACUUUGAUUCCCUUUUCCCUUCCCUCCGCCCCUGAAAAAGCUAUGGUAUGAAGAACGCCGUUUGCGCAUGCGCACUGAGUGACUCCCUUAUGAGAACACAUCCCCGUAUAGUACUGUAUAUGUCCGUUGUGAAAUGGCUCUGAAGUGUUUCAUUUCUUGAUCAACCACGGUGAUCAACACAGCAUUUAUUCACGCAGGCGAAUACAAGAUAACCCGUGAAACGAGGAUGUGGAAUUGGUCAGCAAGCAAGUUUUAGGAGUUAAUAAAGGAAAAUCAGUUCCUCGUUGGCAGAUUUCUUAAAUGUCUAGUGAACUUACCAUUUCCAAGUUCCGAUUGAAUGGAAUAAUUGUCCUUUGUCGUGAAUAUACAGACAGUCAUCACUGCUGCAAUUAUUACAAAACACCACGGCUUAAGUAGAUAAUCAAUAAUGUCUGCGGGAAAUCUAAUUGAAAGAAAGUGGAUAAUUGAUGACGCUGACAAAAUGAUACGCCUACUUAAUUCUUUCUCAAAUUUAACAAUUUUUUCUUGGCAAUUUUUUUUUUGUCAUGGAGGAUGUAUUUUUUAUUUUUUCCCGCCUCCCCCUGUUCCUCACAAGGGUAUACUUAAAAAAGCGUCACUGAUUCUCAAAGUACCAUUAAGAAGUAUCUAGAGAACGCCUAAAGCAGUAGUUAUGCAUAUAAACACUAUUUAAUGUCCAAAGAAAAAGGAUAGUAGCAACAUCUUGUAAAAAAAAAAUUGUAUUACGAUGCUUGUAUUUUUUCUCUGAUUAAUUACAAUGAUCGCAAUUCAAGACUCUAUGGAAAUAUUUUCUUCUUUUUCAUCUUUCUACUGUUUUAAGUUUAGCAAUGACGUGACGAAGUUCAAUGAAUGUAGUUGAGUGAAAGUUUUUUCGGUCGAUAAAUUUUUAAUAAUCAGCAUAAUGGCGAACACCUUGAAUUUACUUCGCGGAGGUUUUUGAGUUAUUUGUCAUUCAUUACUAACAAAGUGAAUUGCCAUUUCUUAUAGGAGUAAUGAGGUUAGUCUUUUGCAUUCCUCUUAAAGUAACUGCCUAAAAAAGACGUCUAGUAUGUUAACAUUGUCUUAAUCUUGAAGUUUGUCAUUUGUUGAUAACAGGUCACUGUUUAGACGUUAUUUCGCUAUUUUACUUUUAGAAUGAAAUUAUUGAGAUGAUGUCAAUGUUUGGAAAGAAAUUGUUUGUUUCUUGGACAGUGACCGGAGAAAAUCUGAUGUUUGGGCUUAAGAAUUCUAGUACUUUAAAAACAACGGUGGCUACAAGAGUUUGCUGUAGAUCUGUACGAGAAACUGCCGAAAAUCUAUCUAUUGUGGCACUUACAUUAUUCCAUUUAUGUAGGGAAUGUUGCGCAGAAAAGCGAUAGAAUUACUUAUGUUUGUGGUAAAGAGUCCCAAAACUUCCCAUUAUCGUCGACUCUUGUUUAUCUCCGAGGAAAAUUAUUAUCUUCAAACCAGGUUGCAACAACGCCUGACGUACUCUUCGUUCAACCGUAAAAUUUGUCUUAUUCCUCACCAACAGUUCCAUUCUCCCCUUUUACGCAUAGACCAGAAAACUACUCGAGAAGGUGAAAUAUUAGAGUACACCUAUGCUCAAAAAGAAAAAAAAAACAGGAAGUAACAAUCGCAAACAUUUAAAGCGAGUGCAGAGGCUAACUGUUUACAUAUUCAGUUGGACAUAGUAAAGUGGGUAUGGUAAAAACGUAAGAUUAUCAUUUAGUGCCUGCUACUUAACCGAAGGUUAUCGAUGACUCCUACCGCUGGUGAAGGAAUUGUAGUCGCAACUAUCUAAUAGAUAGGAAAGCACUAGUUAAGAGUUAUUUCUUGGUGUAAUCAAAUCACAUUCGUACUUUUCAUUUCACUUGAUGCCAGCAGAUGUAAAUCAUUAAGUUAAGCAAUGAAGAUGAUGGUAGUUACAAGUGUACUGAUCUGUCAAGCUGCUUUGUGCCUUACGAGAGCCGAAGGUUAGUUUAUUUUGUUAAACUACUAAAGAUCUUGGAUGUUCAAGUACUUGUUCAAAUAAAGCUUGAAGUUUUCAAUGGAGUGACAUAAGUGAUCACAUGGUUUCGUGAAACAAAGAGGGAGAGAACACACACAAAGAAAGAGUGACGCGGAACAAACAAAGAAUACAGUUACAUUACAAAUAACUUACUAAAGUGGAUGACUCUCUUCACAAAAGGCGUUUUGCCUCAUCGCUAUAAGACUCCUUACCUUUUGCAUUGCAGAUGAAAGAAAUGAAUACCAGAUGUCAAAAGCAUUUAAGAAAUCCAUUGAAUUACAAACUGCUUACGUUUACCGCAAAAAUAUGCCCAAGAGACAUCAUUACUCUGGUAAGGAAUGAAGUAAUGUAAAAUUCAAUGUUUUCCUGAAAACAAAGUUUUUCGGUUUUUUGAUGAGACAGAGCAUGAUUAUUUCUCUGUGUUCUCGUGACAGUGAUCCUUGGAAGUAGUGGUAAAACUGUUAUUGGGCCGCUCGUUCCUGAGUCUGACGAUGAACAGAUCCACAGAGUUCAGGGAUUUGUGCUUAGACCGGACGCUAUUAAGAUCGGUUAGUGUUCAAAACACUGCUGUUAAGACCACUUUGCGAUUAAAAGGCAAGUCAGAAAAACGUUAAGAUCAAAGGGGAUCACUAAGUACGUACAAGUAUCUUACAUGUGGCGCGAAUAAUAGUGAGAGACCAAUUUAGAAGUGAAUUUCGUUUGGUUUCUUAUUGGCUCAGGGGAUGGCGCAAGUUUUCAAAAACAUUCACAGCGUGUUCUUAAACAAAAGCUAUGCGACCCCAAGUUUUUCAGGUCUAGUUUUGUCUGAAAAUUGCGUUAUUCAGUAUCCGGGCUAAUGUAUUCAUGUAUUUCGAAGACAUCUUGGCGAAGUUAGUCCGUUCUGUCCUCCUUUCCCUGUUUCAAGGUAACCCCAUAGAAUUUGCAGGAACAGCUCUAAGCACCCAUAAUCGCUAUCGCAAGUAUCACCACGACCCUUCACUAAGGUGGUCUGACAGGCUGUCAUCGCAGGCCAAUAAGAUAGCUUAUCAAAUGGUGCAGCAAUUCAGUAAGGAUAACUCCAAGAGAUUUGAGGUGCCUGAUGAGGAGAGUCUGGGAGAGAAUGUGGAACGAUUCCUCGGUGUACAAUUUGGAUGCGACUCGACUGCAGCCAUGAAAGCAACCGAUAACUGGUACCAGGUACGCUUCAUGCGUGUUGAAUAACAGCGCUACUGUACCUUCAGGGGACACCCUCGAGUUUGAGGAAAAGAAAAGUGUCCCCGCAAUGAAGGUAACAGAUAUAAGGGAUAUUUCGGAUUAGAGGAGAGUGCUCCAGAUUGAAGAGCAUGAUAAUACUUGAGUAUAGCGAGAUACAGAUUGGUGCCUUAAAGUUCACCUAGGUGAUCAUUUCGGUUAAGUGACUCAUCGGUUUUUUCUUUUUCUUCAGCAAAGCAAAAACUAUAGUUAUAACUACCCUCACAUUCAAGAUGGAACUAGCUCCUUCACUCAGUUGGUUUGGAAAGGCUCACAGUCCUUUGGAAUGGGCUGUGCUCUACGUAAGGGACUCUUGGCCAAUGACGUGUUUGUGGUGGCUCUGUACAGUCCCCCUGGGAACGUAGGAGACGGCGUGUCUCUGAAUGUCUUGAGGCCUGGAAUCAAAGAGGCGGCCAAGCCUGAUGUCUACUCAAAUAUAUUCCGUAGAAGCAAAAUGGCUAAGAGUAGAGACAACAUAAACCGUAAAAAACUAGAUUAA